GAUGGUCCCAUAUGUAAACACAAAAUGACAUCUCGAGUCUGGACGGGAUUCACGGACGAAGAUAUUAUUAAUUUACAAAAAGGAAAUGGCACGCAGAAUGCUAAAGUUAAGAAGCAGACACCACCUUUGCGGCAAGCCAAGUUGCAGGGCGGAGCCAAGCAACCACCACGGGAGAAACUGGGGAUCGUGAAGAUGGGAAAAACACCUCACAGUUACACACCCAUCCCCCCUCAGGCUAGGCUCUCAGAGUCGAAGGAACAAGACUACCCCAGUAGUUCCUCUCCGUCAUCAGAUCAUCAUAGUCCAGAGCAUCUUCAGAGCAGCUCACAGUCUGUCUCCCCAACACCCCCAUCACCCUGCAAAUCACCCACAGGAAGUCAUGCCAAAAAUGUCAAAAUCCGUGUAAGAGAGAACAAUUCCUACGAAUUAGUGUCCACCAACGGCACAACCACUCCAGACCAGCUUGACAAUCAGUCUGAGUGUGAGCAUUUAAUUGAAGAUAAGAUGGAUGAUGGUAGUGGAAGGGGAGAGGGUGUGACGCUAGAAAUGUUCCAGAAACGGCAGAAAAUGAUGGAGGAACAGAACCGACUGAGAAGAGAGAUGCUUGCCAAAGCCAUUGCAGAUAGGAGUCGUCGCACUCAGUCAGAAGCUCAAAAACUGAAACAGAUCCAAGUAGAGUUGGCUAAGUUGGACUCUCUUCUCUCAACUGACGUUUCUAUACUACGAGACCAAAUAGAAGUGGCCAGUUUGGAAUUCAGUGAAGCGCAGAAGAGAUAUGACAAAGCUGAGCGAGAAUUCAUCGAGGCCAAGCUCCAGCUGUUCAACAAGCUGGAGAAGAAGGAACUACUGACGGAACACCUUUGCCGCAUUAUCGAGGCCAAUGAGCAGAGGAAGGCCAACAAACUCUCCGAGCUCAUGGCUAAGCUGGAGAUGGUUGAUGUGUCUGCCGAGUUGCCCGAGCCCAGUCCUGGAGAGGUUCUGCCACAACUAGCCAGCCUGGAUGAGAUCACAUACACCGCCUGCACAACCUUGAAAGACCCAAAGAAAACCGCACUUACAAUACAGCAGAUUCAGGCAAAGAACAAGGGAGACAUCCCAAAACCCACUCUAAAAGAGGAACCACAGAAUGAGAAAGGUAGGAAGGAUAUGGAUGAUAAACAGGAGACACAAGAGAGUGUUGGGAAAAAAGAAAAUGAGACUGUACAGGAAAACAAAGUUGAUUCUCCAAGGGAAGAUGAUGGAGGUCUGAAAGAAAACAGUACCGAGAGAACAAGAGAAACGAAUGAAAGUCAGGUGCAAAAUCAAGCGGAAAGUGAAAAAGGCUCUUCAGCUGGUGAGAGCAGUAACGUAGAAAGUUCUGAGAAAGACAUUGAUGAAAAGGAGAUAAAAAAGGAAGGAGAAGAACACACAGAAAAAGGGAUGGUAGAGGAGGCUGAGAAGUGCCCCAAGGAUGAACAAGAAGCAUCUAGUCUACAGAGCAUCCCCAAAGGAGUUGGUGUCAAGGGAGAAACCUGAGCAACGAAAGAGGCCUUUUCAUGAGUUUUUUCCUCUUUUUUUUCUUUUCUUUUCUUUUUUCAUGUCAGUCAGUGUAGUAGGCUCCUUGCUGCUUGAUCCACACAUCAUUGAUCAAAUUUCUUAAGUUGUGGAGUUGAGUGUUAUUAAUAUUGUCAGUGUGAUGACAAGUGCAAUAUUGAUUAAAAUGUCUUCCUUGCAAAUCAGGCACUUAGCGGUUGUGGCGUAGGUAAUGCCAGUAUAUCCCUCUGAUUUCCCAUCAAAGUCAUGCAAAAAAUAUGCUUCCUUUUGCCAUAGUCACUUCUUGCAUUGCUGCCAUUUCAUGUCCAUACAUGUUCUGUUCUUUCCAUGCAAUAAAAAUCCACUGCAUGUAAACUCUUGCUGGCAUGAGAUGAUUGCCUGAUCCCAAUGCUCAUUUCAAUCAGACACUCACAGACUUCAGCUUUAUUAAGAUUAGGGUCUUCUCCAUGACAGAUUGUAAUGGUCAGAUGUACUCAACUAUUAGUUGUAAUGUAUUCAUGUGGGCUAUGAAUGUGUCAGUGUAUUAUUUGAAUUAUUUGUGCCUGAUGCUUUAAUGUAGAUGUUACUUGUACUAUGGUACAUUGAGAUUUGAAGUCAGUUGUUAUACAGUAUAUGGAUGAUGCCAAUCAACACUAUAAACACAAGUAUGAUGCUCAAGUUUUCUCACAAGGAGGUUAUGUUCAACUGUUGCUCUAUGCACUUAAAAAAAGCUUAACUGGAA